CACUACGCGCCCUUCGCCUGCGACCUGGCGGCCUACGCGCCGCUCUGCCCGCCGUUCUGGGACAAGAAGGCCGCGGGCGAGCCCUUCAAGCCCCUCGCGCAGCUGUUGGCCGUGAUCCCGCCGGGCUCGGCCCACUGCCUGCCGGAGGCGUGCCGGCUGGUCAUGGGUCUGGACCGCGGCCUGGAACUGAUGUUCCCGACGAAGAUCAAGAUGGACCCCAACGGCCGCAAGCACCAGUGGGAGUGGGUCGCGCUGCUGCCCUUCCUCGACGAGCGCAAGCUCACGACGGUCAUCGAC